AAAAAUCAUCAAAUAAUUGGAAACUUGUAGCUUUAAAAGAGAGGUUAUACUAUAUUAGCACAGAAGAACAUUUGGCUAUUAGGCACAAAGGUGCUAGAGCUAUUUAUGCAGAAGUAUCAAAUAAAUACCAUGGUGUAAAAAGAUGUUUGUAUAAAGAAAAUAUUUCUGAUAAUGUUCAAAUUGAUAAUGAUAUUCAGUUUGAUGUUAAUAAAGAUAGCAUUCAAACUGAAUAUUAUGAUAAUGAAUUUAAUGAAAAUUUGAUUUAUAAUCUGUCACAAAGUGAAAAUAAUGAUAGAAAUAACAUGUCUUUUAUAAUGGAUUCAUUGUCACCAUUACCUAACAUAAUGGCUAGGUUUUUUGUCACUGCUGCUGCUACCUAA